CAACCGCGUACCGAAUUAGGAAAAAAAGCGGCUAAAGCGUUGAGAAAACAAGGCUUAGUACCUUGUAAUCUUUAUGGCGGUAAGGAAACGAUUAACUUCUCAGCUCCUUACACUAGCCUUCAACCAAUCGUGUUCACACCUGCAUUUAAAAUUGCAGAAAUUGAAUUGAACGGUAAAAAAAUCAAAGCAAUCACUAAAGAAUUGCAAUUCGACCCGGUAAAAGACACGAUUAAACACGUGGAUUUCCAAGAGUUGGUGGACGAAGUUAAAGUGAAAGUAGAAGUGCCUUUGAAAUUGAAUGGCGUACCUGCUGAAGUAGCUAUGGGUGCGAAAUUAGAGCAAACUAUGCGUAAAUUGAAAAUUUUCGCGUUGCCUAAACACUUACCUGAAGUGAUUGUUGUUGAAGUGGGCGACUUACUAGUUGAGUACGUGGACACUCGACACAAUAUCGGUUUUAAAAUUGUGGAAGCAUUAGCCGCUCAACACAAAGCCGAAUUCCGACUCGAUAAGUUAGCCUAUGUAGCGCAAUUUCGCUUUAAAGGGAAAAACAUUACCCUCAUCAAACCCACUACCUACAUGAACUUGAGCGGCAAGGCAGUGCGUUACUGGAUGCAGGAAGCCAAUGUGAAACCAGAAAACAUGUUGGCCAUUUUGGAUGAUUUGGCGAUUCCGUUCGGCACUAUUCGUUUACGCCCAAAAGGCAGCGAUGGCGGACAUAACGGAUUAAAAGAUAUUGAUGCUACUUUGGGCAACAACCUCUAUCCGCGUUUACGAUUUGGUAUUGGCAGUAAUUAUCAUAAAGGUCAGCAAGUGAAUUAUGUUUUAGGAAAAUGGUCGCCUGAAGAAAACAAAGACCUCAUCGAUAAAAUUAUUCUGGCUACACAAGCUACUGAAAGCUUCCUAUUUGAAGGGCUUGGGAAUGCCAUGACGAAAUUCAAUAAA